GCUCUCGAGAGCCUCCGGCUCGACGUGGAGGCCGUGUUCGACAGGCACAGGGACCUCCAGCAGACGCCGCCUCUCCCCACGGGGGAGAACGGCGGCUGCGCGCCGCCGCUCCCCGACAGGGUGCCGGAGCUCCUCUUCCACCCGGUCGGCAUCCAGCCCUCGGACACGGAGCGGCUCCCGAUCCCCGCGCGCCACGCCAGGAAGUCUCGGGUCAGCAUCUCCGAGGCACCGGAGUAUCUCAUGCCUGCAGGCAUGCCUGGCAGCAUGCCCAGCAUGCUUGAGACGCCAAGGCAAUCCCUGAGGCCGUCCCAGCAGUCCCAGAGGAAAUCGAACAGGGCAAGCCUGGCCAGCAUGUCGAGCGCUGGGGCUAUGAGGAGAUUGAAGAGGGAACGCACGUCGUUCCUGAAAGAGAGUGAUACGAAUUGGAUGCAUUCCCUGGUAGAGGAACCGCGCAGGUCGACUCAACUUCAACGUGCGAUGUCGCAGAGGCUGUCAGAUGUGCGCAACAGGUUUAUAUUCAGAAGAGGAUCACAAGACUUCGUACCAAAGCUCGUGAGGCGCACCGAGUUUGAGCUCGCGCGGGCUGUAAUGAUGAUUCUGGACGCUGUGCUUGUCGUGUGUGAAAUGCAGGAUGCUGCGAAUCGUGCAAGCUCCAGCUUUCAUAGCUCCCCAGGUGGCAUCAGCGACCGGCUGGUUUUCACUGUGCUUCUUGACGUUUCUUGCGGUCUCUUUCUCUUUGAUCUUUGCCUGAGAUUUUUGGCUGGCCGGUUUGACCCGAGCGCCGGUGUUGGUUUGGGCUGGCAGACGUUCCACGUUGUGGUCGUGAUCGCGCAGCUUCUUCAGGCCAUCGGACAGCACUCGCACCGGCACCAGAGGUCCCACUCGCAGUACAGGGUCGUACUCACGAUGCUCUCCACGCUGCGCCUGGUCAGGGUCCUGUCCCUCGUGAUACUGACCGACGUGAUCCGCCAGCACCGCUUCUUCCGGGAGCUGCGCAUCAUGGUCCUCUCGCUCACAGGGGCGGUCAAGGCCAUGGUCUGGGCCAGCCUCCUGGCCUUCAUGUUCCUGCUCAUCUUCGGCGCCGUGCUGUCCGAGGGCACUCUGGCCUUCCUGACGCGGAACGGGCCGUCCGAGGCGGGGAGGGUGGACGAGUCGCUCGUGCCCCUGUGGGAGCACUUCGGCUCGCUCUUCGACGCCGUGCUGACGCUCUUCCAGGUGAUCUCCGGCGGCGUGGACUGGGAGUUUGUGUGGGCGAACUUGGGCACGCUCGGCUGGGGCUUCAGGGGCCUACUCCUGUUCUUCAUCGGCUUCUCUCUCAUCGCUCUGAUGAACGUCGUCACGGCAGUCAUGCUGGAAAGCACGCAAUUGCGGUGUAAGGCCGAUCGCGGGUUGGUGGUCCAGAGCGAGAUCAUAGAAAAGAUGGACUACCUCAACACCAUGAGGAAUAUAUUCGAGGAGCUCGAUGAAGAGAAGACCGGUCAAAUCGACCAGGAGACGUUACGGAGGCGCAUGCAAGAACCCGAGAUCGGCGCUUACUUCAGUCAAUUGGGAGUGGACUCUGAACAGGUGGGCAAGCUGUUCCACCUCCUCGACACAAACAAAACUGGGACCAUCGAUUCCGAGGAGUUCAUGUUCGGGUGCUUGAAGUUUCGAGGCGAGGCCAAGCGAGUGGAUGUCGCCGUGUUGCAUCGGGAGCUCAUCUGGAUCCACGACGAGCUGGAGAUCUUGGCCAAGCAGCUGGAUCCACGAGGGCACCAAACCAGAACCAGCCCAUUCGGUGAUGACAUGCUCCAUGUUCAUAAGCAUCGGACUUCUAGCUCGGGCAGCAUGGAGGAGCGAAGCCCCUGA